AACUCGAUCUGUACACAGGUGCAAACUUCAGAUCCUCACUAAUGGACUCUAAAGGACGAGGACGAAAACGGGGACCCUACAGACAAUAUCUCAGAGAUACGACUCAACUUCCACCUAAAUUGAAACGAAAGCUUACUAUGGUCAUGGCUGGCGUUGAUCCUAGCCAAGGCGUCAACCCAAGAGAUAUCGAGUCACACCGUACUUCACCACAAGGCUUCCUAUCAGGCAACCCUGAAGAAUCUACUUCAUCUUCAUCUGAUGCAAUCCAUAGGUCCACCUCAACAAGGUCACUUCCUGUAGUGCCAGAUGAUGCCUGUUUUGACUUCGAUGAAUAUUCCUUGUCUACAUCUGAAGAACUAGCCACUGAACACAAUUUGUCUGAUGAAAACGAGGCCUUACUGGGCCAAACAUUGGAAAAUACAGAUACCACUGAAAAAGCUGGAGCAGAAUAUGCUGAUGCAGGGAGUGGCUUAUUAGAAGACUUUGUUUACCCUGGGUGUCCUUUGACAGCCAAGACCAGCUCUGUCUUUAUCUUGCUGUUCGUUCUGCAGCACAAGCUGUCCAACAAAACUGCACAAGUCUGA